GCUGCUAUUACCGCUCGUCAUUGACAUUCGUGGAAAUGCAACCCCUAUCUGGUGGAUUUUACUUUUCACAUCCGUCAUUCUCACCACGUGAUCACGAGGUAAAUGACGUCAUCAUGAAGGACAAAUGCUGUACGAAAUCAGACUACUGCAAUCUCUAUUACGAACUGCAUCCAACAGGAACAUGCUACACCGAUUCGCCGUUCAACUUUGGAUCAUUUUGGGGAGAUCCACACAUGCGCACACUUGACGGAAUGAACUACACGUUCAACGGACUAGGGGAAUAUGUGUUGCUGAGCAUCCAGACAUCAAAUGCCACGUUUUCACUCCAAGCUAGAACGGAGAGGGCAAAGAAGGCGGACGGAAAUAUCUCGGAUGCAACAAUCUUCACUGCCUUUGCGGCAAGAGAUCAUACGAAUUCAUCACUUCAUAUCGAGCUCAAUACGGCAAAAGAUGAUUUAAUCUUGUAUGGGAAUGAACUCGACUUAACGAAGACACUUAAGGACUUUGGAAACGAUCGGUUCGCUUUUAAUUCGCCAACCAUGUCUAUUUAUGGAGUAGAUGGGGUGUUGAGGGUAUCAUUCCUGGAGACAGGGAUAACGCUUGAAAUAGGAAAAGAAGCCAGAAUGCUGUCGUUGGAUACCAUUGUACCGAAAACAUUCAACAACGUGACGAAAGGUCUUCUGGGCAAUUUUGACGGUGACCCAUUCAAUGAUUUUGUAUACCCAAAUGGGAGUCUUCUGCAUUUUAAUGCAAGUGACUUAGAGAUAUUUAGAUUUGGUCAGACAUGGUCAGUGAACGACAGUUCGUCAGUUUUUAUAUAUGAAGACGGCAAGAGCCAUUCCGAUUACCACAACGCUUCUUACGUUCCGCGUUUCCUAGAUACAUUUGACAAGGAAACUAUUAUUAAAGCUGAAAAGAUAUGCGGGUCAGUCAAUGUAGAGUGCGUGUUCGACUAUGUUUUCACUUUGAACAGUACAAUUGCAAAGACGACCAGCAACAUAAGUGAAACCAUUGACAUAAACGCAAAAGAAAUAGCAAAAGUUGUGCCAACAAUCAAUAAUACUUGUAGCGUUAAUGCAACAGUUGGAGAACACAUAUCGUGUCAAUUAAAUCUUGCAGAUGAAUUAGAUAUCGCAUUUGUAAAAAACGAAAGUAAUAGAACAACAUAUAACAGAACGUCGAAGACGCUAUAUUUCAAACAGACAGAUGACCUUCCACACAACAUAUGGUUCGUUGCAGUCAAUGCUGAUGGAAAGCAAUCACAGCAACAUACUGUUGCGGUACAACUUUGCACUGGGUGCCAUGGUAAUGGACACUGCUCUACGACCGUGCGACAGGACCCUCGAGAGAAUGCAUAUUUCAAGUAUUCGUCAUGCGUUUGCAACGCUGGAUACACAGGUGCUGAUUGUGAUAAAACAUUAGACUGGUGUGCUGGAAGUCCCUGCACUCUAGGACGAAACUGUACAAACGUCCCACCGAACAAUACAUACUCGUGUUAUCCUUGCCCAGCGGGAUAUGCUUCAGUGCCUAAUACAAACGAUUGCAUUGAUAAUGACGAAUGUAGCAGUCGUCCCUGCGAUCAACUCUGUAUCAAUACUGAGGGAAGUUACUCCUGCGGUUGUAAGGAAGGAUAUCGAGUCGAUCCAAGCAACGAACAUACAUGCAUCGACAUCAACGAGUGCAACGAGGCUACUCACAACUGUACUCAGAUCUGCGACAAUACGAUCGGCGGGUUUCUUUGCAAAUGUCAGCCUGGUUUUACCUUCAAUGUUUCAAAUUUUACAUGUUCACGAGAUGAUUCUGAUCCAUGUGCUGCUUCAACACUCGACUGCAGUAGUUCUUCGGGAUGCACCCUGGAUGUUGGAAAUAAUACCACGUGCUUCUGUGAUGCAGGCCUCAGGUUAAAUGAAACAUCGUUGCGAUGUCAAGAUGUUGACGAAUGCUCUCAACAUAUUUGUGCACAAGACUGCAUGAACACGAUCGGCAGUUUUCAGUGCAGCUGCAUAGCGGGUUAUCAGCUAGUAGACAAGGUCUGGUGUAAACCAUGUGAGGUACCGAACUGGGGUACAAAUUGUGGCCAAACUUGCGCAUGUACCGGACGAGGUGCAGAGAGAUGCGAUCAUGUGAGAGGCUGCAUGUGUUCCCGUGGCUGGACAGGAAGUUCAUGUGACGAUGACGUCGACGAGUGCAAGGAGAAUCCAAGAGUCUGUGGUGAUACAAGAAAGUCCUGUAGUAACAACAUGGGCUCGUACAGCUGUGAUUGUUUGCAAGGGUACCAGGAAGAUGCUAGCGGAUUUUGCCGAGACAUAAACGAAUGCUCGGAUCCACGGUUGAACGAGUGCACUCAGACGUGUUUGAACGCAGAAGGAAGCUACACGUGUGGAUGUAAAUCAGGCUACACAGAGGUUAACUUGACACAUUGUUCUGAUAUAGAUGAGUGCCAUUUAGAAUUGGCGGACUGUGAACAGAUGUGCGAAAACCAUCCAGGAUAUUACAACUGUUACUGUUAUUUCGGAUACAGACUCAACGACGACAGAGAGUCGUGUAGUAAAGUGAAAGAUUUUUGCAAAGAACUCCGCAAUCUGACAUGUACCGGCUACUGUGUGGUACAAGACAAGGUUCCAUCUUGCCAGUGUCCGCAAGGCUUUAACCUUGCCUCUGAUAAUCAGACUUGUACAGAUAUCAACGAAUGUGGGGAGGAAAACAAAUGUUCCGAACAAGCAACGUGUUCAAAUACAGUUGGCUCGUAUGUAUGUGAAUGCCCUGUCGGUAUGAAGCUGCAAAAUAACAAACGGAUAUGUACAGAUUGUGACAAGUACCAUUAUGGGAAAGAGUGUUCGCUAAUGUGUUCGUGCAUCCACGGUGUGUGUAAUAGUACCGUAGGGUGUGCGUGUAACCCGGGCUGGAUAGGGAUAAGUUGCGACGUUGAUGUGGACGAAUGCAGGGAUAACCAAGUAGUCUGCAACGAACCCAAUACCCUCUGCGUGAACACACCUGGCAGCGCCUCUUGCGUCUGCAAAGAAGGCUACAAGAAAAACAUAGCAUCGGGAAUUUGCGAAGAUGUUAACGAAUGUCAAGCUGCUGACAAGAAUUUAUGUGAACAGAUUUGUAUCAAUACACCAGGAAGUUUCCAGUGUAACUGCAGGACAGGAUUUGUUGUCAUGAAUGGAACGUGUUCAGAUAUAAAUGAGUGCUAUGGCGACAACAACUGUCAACAACAAUGCAUCAACACUCUCGGUAGCUAUAAAUGCUUUUGUGGAGCGGGAUUUAUCCUUGAUCUUACGGACCGAAAAUCUUGCAUACCUGAGAAAGUGUGCACGGCAAAUCAAUUUGUUCGCUGCUCUGUAAAUUCCACUUGUUCUGUUUCCAAUGAAGAGGUUGUGUGUGUUUGUCCAAAUGGCUACAACGGGACUAAUUGUACAGACCUUAACGAGUGCGAGACUGGCCGACAUACGUGUAGCCAAGAAUGCAUCAAUACUGUUGGUGGGUAUAACUGUAAAUGUGAAGUUGGACAUUUUCUUCAAAACGACAAUGCCACGUGUGCAGAUUGCAUGAAAUGGACUUACGGGGAGAACUGCUCUAGUAAGUGUGAAUGCGAUGUUACCAAUACUGAAAGUUGCUAUCCAAAGAACGGAACAUGCGCUUGUUUGAAAGGAUGGCAAGGUAAAAAUUGCUCGGAUGACGUCAACGAAUGUUCGAAUACUACACACGUGUGUCCCACUAAUUCGCACUGUAUAAACCUGUCAGGAAGUUUUACGUGCGAAUGUAAUCCCGGAUACCUGAAAUACUCCUUUGGUCCUUGUCAAGCAUGUCCUCAAGGCCGUUUUGGCAAAGGCUGUACAAAUACGUGUUUGUGUGAUAUGACACAUACAUCCGUGUGCAACCCAGUGAACGGGAGCUGCACGUGUGACGCAGGAUGGACUGGCCCCGAAUGUAAUAGAGAUGUCGACGAGUGUGCGUCAGCUUAUGGCUCUACAUGCCCUUCACACUCGACAUGCGUAAAUUCACGUGGUAGUUACGAGUGUCAUUGUAAUCUGGGUUUCAAAACGAGCAGCAAACAAGAUAGCUGUACAGACAAUUACAAACAAAUUGACCUGCAGAUCACACUGAAGAUAUCAAAAGGACAAGAUGUUAGUUUUUCGUCAAACGCAACUUUUGCAGAGUUUGCAGACAAAGUUACGUUAUCGCUUCGGAUCUACGUGUUGCGGUUCAUUACAAAUUUCGGAAUCGUCGUUAAUACCUUAAGGACUGGAAACUUGGUAGUAGACUUCACUCUUUUCUACGAAGACACUGUCGAUGCGUCAACACGGAUAACACAUGCCUUAUUGGAUCUUGCAAAAGGGACACAGAUGAAAUAUGACGGAGAGACGGUUCAAGCGAUAUCAGCACCACUUGCUUACCCCACCGUGCUAUGCGGAUUGUUCGAGAAAGUCAACGGUCGGUGUGAAUAUGGGACAAUAUGUGACGUAACAGACGACGGUGAACUCGCGUGCAUAGCGGACAUUGUGCCUUCAGACACUGUCAAUGUCAAGCUGAUUAUUGGUGUUUCUGUUUCGGGCGGUUUACUUCUCGCUAUAGGAAUUUUUACAGCGAUAUGUAUUGUGGUCAAAAGAAAGGCGAGGAACGCAAACAAGCAUUCAAAUAGGCUGGAGAACCUAAAGCGAUCCGAUGGACAGGGUGGGAAGGUCUUUUUGCGCCUUGGAAAUGAACCUGACUCCCCAAGGCAUAGAACAUGGCGAUCAAUGGCUCUAGAAUUCAAUCAGGAUUCCGCUAAGAUUCCAAGGAUAGUUGUGGACGAUACAUCAAGUUCCACUAAGUAAUGAUGUACACAACAACAAAAAAGCCAGGAAAGAAACCGCAAAUGAACUAGCUUUGUAUAGAUAUCCUUAAAGUUUGAUUAUAUAUACAUGUAUAUUAUUCGGUGAAUAAAUCAUAUGUAGACUCCGUGAACCCGAGAACACUACUGUUGUAAAUAGGGUUUUAUUUUUAUCUAUGGUAAUAUUUGUUUACCAAUUCCAUACUUAUAAGGCAUGUAAUCAAUCAAGCUUUGUAUCAUUUGAAAAUAUGUUUAUUUUAUAUUUGUGUUUUCACUUUGAUUGAGUGUGUGUUCUAAUUAGUUAUACACCAUGACACAAUAUGUGGAAGUUCUAUAGAAGUUGAAAAAUAUGAAUAAAAGACUGAUAAUAUAAAGCUACACAAGCUUAGUUCAUAAGGUUCGUAUUUUUGCCAUCCAUUUGUUCAUUAUUUAUAACUUAAGAAAUUUAUUUCCAAAUUUUAUUUAACUACGAAUGAAAAUAACAUACAAGUAUUAAGUUGGAUUUGUGCGAUUAUAUCUGCCCGUCAUAUGACUUCAUAUUAAUGUAUUUUUUCUAUGUUAAAAAGAUUCAAAGCUUUGAAUGUAUAACAACGAGUAAUAUCUUACGUAUCAAUUUUGAAAUAAAACAUUUGUUCACUAUUGAAAUCUGUUGCAGAAAAAUAUAAUAAGUGUUGCAAUUAUUAAACUACGUUUGACAUUAUGUAGAUCUAAUAACAUUCUCAUGAAAACACGAUAACAUGUUUACUACUUAUAUUGUAAAUUGAUCUUUCUGCGAAAUGAUGUAUAUAUUGUUUUUACUUCAUUCUGUUAUUGUAUUCGUAUGUAAAUGACGAUGAGCUUUACAUGUCUUAGUCAAAAUAAACGAUUUUGGUCUGUUCUGUUCUGAUACAUAGCAAAACAUGUCAAUUUUUUCUUACAUUCUUAUUAAUUGUUUAAUUUUAUGGAUUGUUUUCGUUAUAAUUUAGCAGCAUAAUACCUUUUUUGCAUUUACACACUAUGAAAUAAUCUGUCACUUUCGAAUCUUUUUAGUGUAUAUUAACGUUUUGUGAUGAUGUGUGUAGUUACUUUAUAGGGGUGUUGUUCACUUGGUUAAAUAAAUAAUACUAAGUAUCAUUUCUGUUAUAUAUAUUCUUUGUAAAUACAAAGGUAGUUUGUCAUACAACUAACUCUAUUUUGUUUAAUAAAUGCUCACAAUGAUGGCUAUUUAUUAAUUUGUUUUUGUAUCUUAAUUUGUUAUCGUUUCCUUUUUUAUUA